AUGCUCAUGCUGGCCGUCUACAAACGCGUCUCGCGGUCCAUCGAGGGCGCUCGCGACGGCAGGUGGCAGGCGCCGGCAAAGACCGGCCGUUACGGGCAACUUUUUGAACUCACGCACAAGACCGUAGGUAUCGUCGGAGUCGGCCACAUCGGCUCGCUUGUUGCCCGGCGGCUGCGGGGUUUCGAGACCACGACCCUAUAUCACGACGUUCGGGCGCUACCGCCCGAUAUCGAGCGCGAACUGGAGGUCACCCGCGUACCAUUGGACGAACUGCUGGAGCGGUCCGACAUAGUCACUGCGCACAUGCCCCUGAACUCGGCGACCCGCGGGAUGUUCAGUUCCCGCGAGUUCAAUUUGAUGCAACCACAGGCGAUUUUCAUCAAUACGUGCCGGGGCCCGGUGCACGAUGAAGACGCCCUUAUUGCAGCGCUGAGUAACGGGGACAUUCGGGCCGCAGGGCUCGAUGUGACGGAGGUCGAGCCGACACCGGCGGACAACCCGCUGCUGAACAUGGAAAACGUAAUCGUCACGCCGCAUAUAGCGGGUUCGACCGAGGAACGCGUCGAUCGGGCCCUCGAAUUUUCGUACGGCAACGCGCGGCGGGUUCUGAACGGCGACAAGCCGCUGAGCCCCGGUGGUUAUCCAGGACUGAGUCAGCCGCGUCCGUGUUCAAGCCAUCCGGCAUUUUGA